UAUAGUUCUCAGUUCGUGAUAUUUGCUUCAAAACGCUCAAGCUCAGUUUGCCUGUACUUUGUUUGGUUUCCAUUAUUGUCACAUAAUAAAAAUUAGGAUCAGUCGAUCAAGUCGUUUUAGUCCACACAGUGUCAAAAUGCCAAUCGAGCCCAAAAACCGCCUCAAACACGACUGCGACCUCCGUAAAGAAUACCAAAGCUCGUACCACGUGAGCUCUCCAUUCGACCCAUGGUGGAAGAAAUGCCUCAACUCCUUCCGCCUCCAACUCAGCGUUUGCAAAAACAAACAGUCCAAACGCUACUUCAGGAGCAUGUCAUCGCUGUCAAACGAACGCAAAAGACACUUCUCCACCCCACGCUACAAAAACAUCAUCCACCCCUUCAGCAGCUUCAACCGCGUCAAGGAGAUGACCCUCUCCGUCCUCCUCUACGUCCUGUUCUUCUUCGAGUCGUUCUUGGGGAGCUUCCUAGGCGAAGAGUUCCACAUGAAGACCAGGAGGAUGUACGUGGCCAAGGUCCUGUUCGUCGUCAACGUUAUUCUGUUCCUCGAUAUUAUUCUGCGAUUUUUUGUGGGGAUUUCGAACGAAAAGACGCGAGAGGUGAUUUUGGAGAAAAGAGUCAUUGCGAAGUUUUACCUUCGCAGUUACUUCAUCUUUGAUCUGUUGCCCAUUAUUGGGUUCGUGGUGUUUUACUUCACUCCGAUUAAAAAUUUGAACGCGAAAAUUGCCAUUUACGAGCUGCAUAAGUUGCGUCUGGUGAGGAUGCGGACUGUGGUUGAUAACGCGUUUACAAUUUUGAAAAAGUUCAAGCUCAAGGACUCGACUCAGACUGUUGUGGUGAUUACGAUUUCGGUUUUGUUGACUUUGCACGAAUGGUCGUGCAUUUUGAGUCUCAUUUAUACGAUCAGACGGCUGCAUCAUAUGUCAAAUCGGGGCUCUUUCGUUUACCAGUACUACCAGAGGACCAUUCGUUUGUCCCAAACUACGGUCACUCACAACAUGGCUGAGAGAACGAACUUCUCCUUCCGUGUGUACCUUUUGUAUAUGUCCAUCAUUUCGUGUCAUUUUUUUGGCUGCGACACUUCAAUUUAUGAGACGAAACGUAGUGCGGAAAUGGUGGUACUAUCUCUAGUUCUGAUCAACGGAAUGAUGUACUACAUUGGGAUGGUAGCCAAGGUUUUACAAAUGUUUGGAGUAGCAAACAUUUCUGAAAACCGUUACGAAGAGCUGAACUGGCAGGUGAACCAAUACAUGACGAAGAAGAAGUUUCCAGGUGCCUUAAAACGCCGCAUCUUCCAAUACUAUGACUACAAGUACGGUAACAAGUUCUUUUCCGAGCAAGAGAUUCUUGAUUCCCUCACGGAGCGUCUCCGGAUGGAAGUUCUUCUUUACAGUUGCCGGAAUCUCAUCACCGAAGUGAAAAUCUUCAAAGGAUUGUCCAAGUCUGCAGUUGGGUGCAUUCUGGCGUUGCUCAAGCAGGAGAUUUACCUUCCAGGAGAGAUGAUAAUGAGUGCUGAGGAAUCAUCUGAUUCGAUUUACUUUAUCCUGUAUGGCACUUGCAUGAUCCAGGUGAUUGGUGGGAAGGAGUUGUGGCAUAUUGAAGAUGGGACUGAGUUUGGAGACGCUGAAAAGUUCUCCGAAGAGGAGAAAAUCGGGUUUUUGUACCAGAUUGUGGCGUUGGAGGCGACCGAAGUCUACGAGCUGCAAGUGACCGAUUUGGCAUAUUGUUGCACAACUUAUCCCGAAAUUACCUUCAAAAUGGAAGCAAUGGCGAGGAAUAAAGCCAGGGUGUACAACCAGACGUUUGCAAGGAGGACGCAAGAGAAUGACUAUUUGGGGGAGAUUUUGGAUGAGUUGAAUAAAGGGAACAUUCUCCAUCAUGGGAUUAAGAGAGAGGAUUUUAAUUGACUUGCUGGUGUGUCUAUUAUGACCCACCUUCCCCUAGAAAUCGCGCUGGGUGCGUUUGAGUCAGAAACACGUAUCAAGACGGUUUUUAAUUAGUUUAUAAUAAUUAUAACAUUUUUUGGAAAUAAAUU